GAUCAAAAAGUGGGAGAGAGUCUAUAGAAAAGGUCCCUGCAUAACAAUGGCGCCAUGAUCCGGACCGCAAAUACAAUGCCUCGGUACCAACCAGAACCAGACUACGGUAUCGGGCACGGUAUCUACCUACCUGUACAAUAACAGGUGCGCCAUGACAGGGUGAAGGUUGUCUCAUAGCGGGUACAGUACAGUACCAAGACUUGCGGAAAUUUGUCUAAAGUUUUCAUGAACAAGUCGUCGAAUAAAUCACAAUAUUGAUUACAAAAUGGCGUCAAAGGCUCUUCUGAGACGGAAGAAAGAGGAGAAGAAGAUCUCCAGGAAAUUGGUGGUGCCCAAGGAGCAAGAGCAGAUGGAGAAAUGCCCAGUGUUCAAGGUGCACUACCUGGGAAAGAUUCCGGCCCGCGGAGAGUAUGGGAGGGAUUACAUCGAUGAACCGGUAGAGACUCUGCUCAAGUUGAAGGAUAGACACUCCAAGCUGCCCAAGACGGUCUUACAAAUCACCGAGAAGGGCUUCCACUUCUUAGACGUCAACGGUCCGUUCGGGAAGGAAAAACACGUACUGAUACCCAUCCACCAUGUUUGCUACGGUGUGGCCGAUGAGCAGAACCCACAGGUCUUUGCCAUGAUCACCCGGACGGACUCCAACCCGGAAAACAGCCUCUUAGAAUGCCACGCCUUCCUCUGCGAUCGUCGGAAAGUGGCGGCCCAGAUAACCUACUGGCUGCUCAGGACCUUCCUCCAUGUCUUCGAAGAUCUGCAGAGGAGGAGACGGGAGAGGCAGGAGAGGAAACUGCGUCGACAGGCAGAUGCCAUGGACAACGCCGCCAGUACCUCCCGUCAGAUAGGCGGAUUGCAGGACAUCCCUCCUGUCUCACCAACAGAGACGAUAGCCCCGGACAUUUACAGCAUCACACUCGAAGGGUCCAAGGAAAACGGAGGUGUAAAGGCGGUGGGCCUGCUUAGAAACAAACCUUCGAGCAUCGGGAAAAAGGUGGGGCCCCGGGGCGACGACCCGACCGGCAGUCCACGGACAGGCGGUGGGAAGAAAUUCGCCACUGUUCCCGCCAUGAGAAUCGGCACGAACGACGACCCAUCCGGAGGUGGGGCACGCUGGCGGCAACCCGUACACCAAAUGCACAAUUCGCACGAAUCGCUCAAUUAUCAUCCACCUUUAAAGGUGAGCGUGUCUGCCGGUCCACCUGUCGCCCCGCGCCGGUCUCAAAACGGAGACACAAACUCAUCUCGUCCCCACUCUUUCAACGAUGGCAGGCCAAACAAUUCCCAUCAGAAUGACCCGCGAGCUGUACCCCAACCACUGGUAGUGCAACCCUUGGAAGUCAACGGUCUCUCGAACCCAAAUGCUCCUCUUCAUCACCAGCGGCAAGAGAGAGCACGGUUCAUGAAAAACCCAAUGGCCACCCGAGCCUCACCGGCAAAAAUACCUGUCAAUCGCCCCGGGAAUCGCCUUUUAUCCUCCACUGGAACAUCGCCAUCCUCCUCCGCGGGCAGCACCGGUCGCAGGAGCUUAAUAAGCAAAGAGGAGACGGACUUCAUCUUCAUACAGAUGCUGCAGGAGGAAUUCUCCGUACUUGACGGAGGAAGCAGCGAUUCCAACUCUACCAUCCGGCGCGUCACCGGUCCCUAUUCUUCCACAGAUCGCCAACGGCCGCCCGGUGCUGACCCCGGUUCGAACUCGGUGGCUGCCCCGCCUCUGGAUCAGAAACUUAGCAGCCAGGACAUCGAGAAGAGGAUUCGAGAAUGGCUGAAAAGGACCUCGCCUGAUGCUGAGAACAUCUCUUUUGACGAUUCUGGUCUGGACCGGAUUUCCCUGGCGGGAACACUUGCGAAUCACAACUCGAAUCGCACUGCUGCCGACACAUCGCGAUUCGUGCCCAGCACACGACCGGCGCUUUCUCAAAUCGACCGCAAGGGUGCCGGUGGAACUUUCAACCACAUGCCGUCAGAUAGAGAGUAUUUCUAGUUAAAAACCAAUUGAUCUCCUUCCACACAGAAUUUGAAUUUUAUAAUAAAAAAAACCACAAUGUAAAUGUGCCAAUUUAAAAAACACUGCAUGUGAACUUUCUUUUUAACUACGGUGUAUUCACAGAAGUAUUACUUCACUUGAGAAAGGAGGCCCCUUCACGACUUUUUAAUUUGUGAUUUAACUUUGUAAAAAUCACUUUUUCUCUGUGCUCAAACUGGAUUUUAAAAAAGGGGAUGAGUGGUGACUAAGGCAUCACUUAGACAUUUGAGUCGGGGGUUAGUCAUGUCAACCUGAUUUCUUUCACCCAUGGGCCCUUCCAUUGUCCAAAACCACACAAAUAAAUCACAAGCAUAAUGAAGGGGCAGUCCGUACCGUUUCUUAAAACCGAAUCACUGUUAAUUGUUUCAAUGGAUUGAUGUUCUUCAACGCACGAUCUUAUUCUGAUAUCAGGGGAGACCGCAUGGGUAAAACUCUACAUUUAAAGUCCUUCUUUGGCAUGUCCUUGUUGCAUACCUUUUAUUAAAAGAUAAUAAUAAAAAUAGCCCUUGAAUGUGCAUCACACGUUGGGGCUUAGGGACAGAAAUCUGAGAAUUCUUUCAAAUUACCGUGAUGAUUUCCCUGGAGAGGGAUGUGGGGCCUGACAAUCAUGCAUGUCAUAUUUUAUCAAUCUAUCGAGAUAGUAUUUUACAGAGGUUUCAAUUUAACCGAGCAUCUUCGUGCAAAAUGAUCAUGCCUUGCAGGCCUAUUCUAAUAUAUGGCAAACUGACACGUCCACUUUAACUGUCAUUUCUCAUUACUUGAGUCAAUAAGACUCGGGGUUCCAGAAGAUGUGGCUGUUUUUAUUGAACCCUUCUGCUCCACCUACGCCUGUCAUCUGACAUCCAAAAUGUGUCAGGUUUGCUAUAACAUGAGAUAUUACAUCUUUAGACAUGCACCUGUUUUUAACGCAUCAAUAAAUGUUAUAUUAUUUUCAUAGUAUUUGAAAGUAUUUCUGCCUUACAUGUAGUUACUGUAUUUUUAUAUUGGAAAAUGUACAAAGAUAUUUUUGGCAGAAAAUUUGUUCGUUGAACAAAUUGUCUUCCAGUCGUGUUGUUUGGAAGGGUAGACACGAUUUUAUGCAAUAAAAGGUCAUGUACAAUA